UCCAACAUUUUUCAUCAAACAGCAACACCAUAGCAUUUAGCAUUCAAAAUUAAUAUUAAUAACAAAAAAAUGAGUUCAUUUUCUCUAAUGUGUGUCUUGGGCUUAAUAUUCAUAAUGGGUCACACAGCACAUGCCCAAGACUCACCAACAGAUUAUGUGAACGCACACAACGCAGCAAGAUCCGAGGUUGGUGUUCCAAAUAUUGUUUGGGACAACACUGUUGCUUCUUUUGCACAAAGCUAUGCCAAUCAACGCAAGGAUUGUCAAUUGAUGCACUCGGAUGGUAAUCAUGGCGGUUACGGCGAGAAUAUCGCGUUGAGCUCCGGCGACAUGAGUGGCACAGAAGCGGUGAGUUUGUGGGUGGAUGAGAAAGCAAACUAUGAUUAUAAUAGUAACUCAUGUGUUGGUGGUGAAUGCCUUCAUUAUACUCAAGUUGUUUGGAGAGAUUCACAUCGUGUUGGAUGUGCCAAAGUGAAAUGUGAUAAUGGUGGCACAUUCAUUACUUGCAACUAUUCUCCCCCUGGCAACUAUAUUGGCCAAAAACCAUACUAACUUCAUCAUUCAUUUUGUUUCUAUCAUCACUUAGAUAAUGAUACAAACAAAUUAAAUGAAUCUUAUGUAUGUCAAGAAUAAAUAAUUCCAGGAAACACGUUCCUAGUGAAUUCCUCAUAAUUUUAUAGUACUUAGUUGCAAUAUUUUUAAAUUAUAAAAUAAUGUUUAUCAUGUUCAA